AAAUAAGUGGAAGGUUGGUCAAACCUUCUCGCCUACAAAUGGCAGAACCACCGCCGGCGAUGCACUCAGCCAUAAGUCGCCAACACUGGAAUCAAUUUUCCCUCCCAUGGCCGGAGCUGCGGCGGAGGACGUGAAGGUUUUGGGUGCCCCGCUGAGCCCCUUCGUCAUCAGGGUCCUCAUCGCCCUCCGCCUCAAGAAAGUCGAGUACGAGCUCGUGGAGGUGCGGUUCUUGGAGCCGAAGAGCGAGAUCCUGGUGAAGUCCAACCCAGUCUACAAGAAGAUCCCCGUGCUGCUCCACCGCGGAAAACCUAUCUGCGAGUCCGCCGUCAUCGUCCAGUACAUCGACGAGGAGUGGUCCAACGGCGGCGGAUCCUCCUCCAUCCUCCCCACCGACCCUUUCGACCGCGCCAUCGCUCGGUUCUGGGCCGUCUACAUCGACGACAAGGUGCGUGCUUUAAUUAGGGCUUUGAGGGGGGAGACGGAGGCGGCCAAGGUGACGGAGUUGGCCGGCCAAUUCCGACAGGUGCUGGGGUUGCUGGAACAGGUCUUCACGGAGUGCGGUAAAGGGAAGGGCUUCUUUGGCGGGGACGCUGUCGGCUACCUGGACAUCGUGCUGGGGAGCGGCCUGGGGUGGAUAAUGGCGGUGGAGAAGGGCAAAAGCGUCAAGCUUUUGGAUGCGGAGGAGCUUCCUCGUUUGGUGGGAUGGGCGGGGCGGUUCCUGGCGGAUGAAUCAGUGAAGGGGCUGGUGCCGGACGGCGACGAGUAUUUGAAGAUUUACGGAGUCACGGCGGCUACGACGAGCGCUACUCCUGCUGCGUAAGAUCUAUCAUAAAUGAUGUGAAAUUAGGGUUUGUGAGUCGAGAAUUCUCCUAAUAAAUAAAUGAAUGGGAUAGCAACACAGUUGUAAACGUUAAUAGGCAAAUUAUUAAUGUUUUUAUAAUA